CCAAGCCUCUCCCAAUACUUCAAGAAAUGGAAACAACGAGGAAACCUCAAUAACUUAUUCAUAUUACCUAAUCUGCUGUUUCCUUUCUUUCCGUUUUUUCUUCUUCUUCUUCUUCUUCUCCUGCUUCUUCGGAAGGAAUUUCUUUCUUCCUUUUAAUUCUUUCCCUAAAAAAAGGAAAAUCUCAGAGAAGUGUGAGAGUGAGUGAUCGAGGAACUGAAGUAGUGAUUUGAAGAAGAAAUGGGAAGAGGACCAGUUCAGUUGAGGCGGAUCGAUAACAAGAUCAAUCGGCAAGUAACGUUCUCGAAGCGAAGAGCGGGAUUGUUGAAGAAAGCUCAUGAGAUCUCAGUUCUCUGCGAUGCUGAGGUCGCUUUGAUUGUCUUCAACACUAAAGGAAAGCUUUUCGAGUACUCCACCGACUCCUGCAUGGAGAAGAUCCUUGAAAGAUACGAGCAAUAUUCUUAUGCUGAGCGACAGCUUGUGGCAUCUGAUCCUGAAUCACAGGGAAACUGGUCUCUAGAACAUGCCAAACUCAAGGCUAAGAUUGAGAUUUUACAGAAAAAUCAAAGGCAUUACAUGGGACAAGAUCUGGAGCCCCUGAGUAUCAAAGAACUCCAAAGUUUAGAGCAACAUCUUGAUACUGGUCUCAAGCAUAUAAGGACAAGAAAGAAUCAGCUCAUGUAUGAUUCCAUUUCCGAUCUCCAGAAAAAGGAGAAGGCGUUACAGGACCAAAAUAACCAGCUUAUGGAGAAGCUCAAGGAGAAGGAGGAAGAAAUUGCCCAACAACAGCAUUUGGAUUUGGAGCAGCAGAAUGAGGACCAAAACUCAUCUCCAUUCCUGCUUACCCAGCCACUUUCUUACCUCAACAUUGGUGGAGCUUACCAGGGGAGAAGCAUAGGAUGCGGGAAGGAAGGAGGGCGAGUAGAUCAAGGUCGGACCAACACUCACAUUCCAUCUUGGAUGAUUCGUCACGCGAAUGAAUAGAAGAGGAAGAUGCACUCUUCUAAAAACCAUGAUCAGAAAGUUUUAACCGUUCACGAUCAUCAUGAGACUGCAUGGAGUUAAGAUCAGUAAGUGGAAAUCCAAUAGCCAUUUAUACAUAUAAAUCACUUCAAUAUAUCUUCCUAAUUCCCAGUUGGUAUGUGGAAUCUCUACUACUACUAUCAUGAUAUGUACUCAAAACCAAAAGUGGUCAGGUUUGGAUGUGUCUGUCUGGGACCUCUAUUCUGAGUGAGUCUCUAUUUAUGCACCAGAUUUAUAUUAUCUACUGGAAGGGUGGAGUGUCUGCCAAAAACUUGUGUCCCUACACCCUUCCUAUUUAUUUAUUGGGUAUGUAUGCUAAUAUGUAUAUAAAGGACUCUCCCAGGAAAAAAAAAAACUCUAAAUUGUCCUUUAUCUUUCA